CGGAAGGAGCCGGACAGCAAGCAUGCAACAGGACGCAACGGACUUGACGAGCCUUCUCGGUCUAGGGACCCGCGGGCUAGAGUCGUUGGCAUGACCCAAAGAAUCACUCAUCACUGUAACGAUUAGCAGUAGAUCCGACACUGGAAUUUUGCGCGUACUGUAUGCGAUCUGAUGGACGAUCUCCCAUACUCCUUAUCAGCGUCGACUGUUGGACAUCGACUUGCUUCCUGCGGGUUCUAUCAUAUGUUUGGACGGUCUUCUUCCACAUUCCACCCAUGUAACGUUCGGGCGCCCUCAGCACCGCGCCCGGCGGAAAUACUUGCACCUCGACGAUAGACGCUACGGGCCAUAAACGCUCUCCAUGAAAGGCUUCAAAGCGGAGAACAAGACCGGGAUGAAAACUGCAGGCAUGCUCGAAGUCCCCAACAAUGGCG